AUGCAGACAGAAGAAGAUGCUGAAGAUAAAGAUGACAGAAGGGCAUCAAAUCCUAAAGAUGACAAUACUGUAUCCGAAGAGAUCAAAGAGGUUGGCGUAGUUCCUCUUGAUGGGAAUGACCCUCUGAUAUACUCGAAACAAGUUUCUACACCUCCCUAUUCUUUCCUAGAUGAGGAUGCUAAGUAUAAUGAAAAUUCUCCUCCGCCUUGCUAUAUCCCAUAUGCCACUUUAUCGAAACCUAAGGCAACUGUAAAAUUAGACAUCUUGAAAGGACUUGAGAUCAAUGAUAAAGGUAUUCUUCAGUGCACAGAUCCCCAAAUGCUUGAAAAAUCAAAGGGAAUUCUCACUUAUGUUAUUAAGGAAAUUGCCAAAUGCAUCUUUACAGGAAGAGGUGUAGUAGGCAUCUCACUUCCUGUCAGAAUUUUUGAACCCCGCUCAGCUCUAGAAAGAGUCCUUGAUGGGUUCAGCUUUGCACCAGAGUAUCUUAAUAGGGCAUGUAAGACAAGAGAUUCUGUGGAGAGAAUGAAGUUAGUGACAGCGUUUGUUGUAAGUGGGAUGUAUAUGAGAGCCAAUCCUUUCAAACCAUUUAACCCAAUACUUGGAGAGACUCUUGAAGGUAAAUACUCUGAUGGUACUAAGAUAUACAUGGAGCAUACAAGUCACCAUCCUCCUAUAUCCAAUUACCUCAUCGAAGGGCCAAAAGAUGCUCCUUACACUUUCCACGGAAAUAAUGAAUUUGUAGGAAAUAUUAAAAGCAGGGGUAAUAUUUUAAACAUCCUCUUCAAGGGUCCAAACACUAUUACAUUUCCAGAUGGAGAAGAAAUAACAUUUUAUAAUCACACUAACAAAGUUAAAGGGCUUCUGUCUGGGGCUAAGCUAAUCUCAAUGGAUAGCAUCCUCACAGUAGUCAAUGAGGAGAAAGGCCUGAAAACAGCCAUUUUUAUGGAACCAAAAGCUAAAGAAGUCCAAGAUGAUGAAGACCCAAAUUACUUUGAAGGUGUUCUCUACUAUUCUGAUGGAACUCCUUGGAAGAAAGACCCUGACAUGAUCUCCAAAAUUAGUGAUUUAGAUGAAGAAAUCUGAACAAUUCACGGAUCUUGGCUAGAUUAUCUCAAGAUAGAUGAAGAAGAUUACUGGGAUAUUGAUACUAAAACACCUUCCCGAGUCCAAUUCUUGAAAAAGAGUCUUCCUUCAGAUCAUCGGUACAGAGAAGACCUUAUCUGGCUCUUCUAUGAAAAUGAGAAAUAUGCUCAGGAGUGGAAAACUAAGCUCGAAGUUCAACAAAGAAAAGAGAAAAAGAACAGGAAAACAGCUGAAAAUAAACGCAAGAAGAAUAUUAAAUUUGUUUCAAAAUUUUAG